AUGAAAGUUUCUUCCGUUAUAUCAUUUAUUUUACCAAUUUUAGCUGCUUCUGUCGAUGCCGCUAAGACUACCAGUAGUUCUAGUAGCAGUAUUGACGUUGAUGCUAUACAUAAGUCUGUUUUAUCAUCUUUAUCUGUUGCUUCAGUGAAUGCCAUGUCAAUUAUCUCUUACUAUUCUGCACAUCCUUCUGACUCCUCUGCUGCAUCUGCGUACUCACAGUACCUAAUAAGCGCAAGUUCCGAAGCUGCUUACAUAUCAUCCUAUGAAAAAAUCCACUCAAGUGAAGAAAUGUCAUACUUAUCUGCUCAUCCAUCUGAUACAUACAUGGAAUCUCUUUAUUCAGUCCAAGAGUCAAUGGAAAGUGCCGCUUCCGUUUCUUCCGCUUCCUCUGCUUCCGCUGCUUCCUCGUCUAAUGCAGCAGUCAGCGGUGCAGGUAUUUCUGGUAUUCUUCUUGGUGCCGUAACUGGUGCAAUUGCCAUGCUUUUAUGA